AUGCAUUCUAUAAACGGCAUCCCGAUCGACGGGAAUACGGAGAUCGAUGACCUAGCUCUUGUUAUGCACAUCGCCCAGAACGAGAAUGAGCGCAUCCGUGAGUUGGAGGCACUUGGACGGCCUGUUUUAGGCGCGUACCCGGCGUACGUGGUGAUAUAUGAACGCUUUAAAAACAUCUCCAGGCCACGUGAAGAGAGUAGUGACUCUGAUUCUGACGACUCGGCGGAUGAUCUGGAUCUCGUGCGCCGCGAACUUCACGUUAGCAGCGCUGGCACUAACGCAACCGAUAAUGACAAAGAAAAGGACUACCAGCCUGCGGUUGACCCUGAGUUCCCGAUUGACAACAUUAGGAUUAUCGACACGGUCGACUUGCCAACAAAAGUGGCGGAUCAGUUCCCCAUAGCUCCUAUAGGGCCCUGCCGCGUCCUCGACCUGGGCUCCAUUGUUUGUUUGAACGACAGACGCAUCAUCGGUACUGUGAGCGACACGUUUGGCAACACGAGUGCGCCAUUUCACAUGGUGGUGUGCCGAGACCCUAGCAUGGUGAAGGCGGGCGAUGCCAUAUUUUACGACGUUAAACACAGCACGCUGGUUUCCGACGUCAAUGUGAUGGAGACCGCAUCCAGCAUAUCAAGCGGCGAAGAGAGCGACGAGGAUAACCCCUCGAAGAGCCACGAAUCGCUGCGUCAACCUGUCAAGCUGAAGCAGUAUUACAACGACCUGGAGUGCCACUAA